UUUCGACCAUAAUUAUUUCUAUUGAGGGAUGAGUAUAUUACCCAUUGCUGUGAAGCAGAAUCGUCAAUCUUGGUCUAUCUUUACACAGCAGAACGAAUUUACACUCGGUAUUAACAAUAAGAUUCCAUACAAAUUGAUCAAAAUGGUGGAUCUGCCUACUGCGAGUUUUAUACCAAUGAUUCUUAUAUUAUUUGGGCUAGUUAUUUCAGUCUCUCGUUCGGAAGACACUUAUGGACUACUGGCAGACGAAAAUAAUGAAAUUCAGCCGUUGGAUGGAAGAGAGUUCAUACCGUUAACUGAUAGGUUGAACUCCAUGGAACUAUUGCUACAAGGCUUAGAAGAAGCUCGUCAAAUUAGAGGUUGGAGGCAGACUGGUGGAAGGGAGAUGUCUAGUGGUUGCAAAGGGAGGCAAUGUCUAGCUGGUUGGAAAAGGUCAUCGGAGGUCAAUGGGGAGGAAGAGAAACGUGCAUGGAAAGGAAAAGGAUGCAAAGGAAUGGCAUGUAGUGCUGGUUGGAAGAGGGGACAUGCUUCAUGGCGGCAACGGAAUAACAAAUGUUCAGGUCGCUCGUGUAAUGCAGGCUGGAAACGAUCAGUGUCACCCGUUAAUGUCCCAAUUUCUGAUAACUACCCUUGAAAUGCCUAUAGUAACCUAUAUUUGCACAAUACUUAAAAAUACAGGAAAGCUUUUUAGUGAUCUUUUAACCUGAUACGACAGUCAGUUUCCAUUUGAAAAAAAUUCAAUCAUUCCGUCAUUUUAGCUUAUUCAAUGUAAAUACAUACAUAAAUGAUUAAAUUUUACAAGUCUUAGUUUAUUUUGCUAACAAUUAUAGAAGAUUUGUGUAGUUUUCCCAAGUUGCUAAGGAGCCGCUAGUUUUUAGAUUGUUGCGUGAGAGUGGUGUAUAUUGAUUUAUCUAUUGUCAAUGAAUGCUUUUGUUUCAUUUGGAAAAAUUUCAGUAUAUACGAUAUUUGUUACGGGAUGAUUACAGCACAUUUUUUUUACUACGAUAUUAUUCCAAAUAUUUUUUUAUGACGUGGUUUAAUAUCAUUCGUCAAUCCUAUCUAUCAGAAAAUGAGAAUUAAAACAUGGAGUAAUAUGCUCUUUGGUCAAAAUAAAACGAUGUAAAAAAGUUUAGCAACAUGAUAAGUCGCUUAAAGGAUUGAUCAUGGGGUGACAUCGUUUCAUGAUAAUAUAUGAUUUAUGAUACCCAGCAAAAAUGUAUACGUAGCUUUAAGUUCAACAAUUAAUACAUUAUAGUAAUGAAUUUGCAACAAGACGAUAAAUUAUUGUCACACCACAAAAUCGUUUUGAAGAACAUGUUUGUUUGUUUAGCCAGAGCCUUGUUUAAAAUGGAUUCAAUGAGAUUGAAUUCAUUUAAAAUCGAUAUACCUAAUACACUUAUCCAUGGCAGGUAGCUCCUUAGUUUAUCGAUUCCUUACUAAAUCAACAUUGUUAGAAUAUAUUUCUGGCUGGUUUAGAAGUAUAGUGCGGUAUAUCAUAGGAUUACCAUUUCCAGGUUUAUUUGGGUGUUCUUAGAAAAUACCUGGUAAUUGUCACUGAAAUGAAAUUUGUGACCAAUGAUCUUGACUUAUGAUCGAUGGUAAAUAAAUGGAGACCGAAUACACCCGGUCGAUCGAUUUUUAUCUAUCAAUGUAGACCAAAGAUAUCAUGAACUAAAAGUUCAUAGGCCUUGCAUUCAAAUAAUGAUAAAUAAAAUGAAAUAAUUGCAUCUUGUUUGUGAAGAAUUGAUUAAUAAAUAUCGUCAUAUUUUGCUUGUCACGUGCAUUAAAGCGCAUGUAUAAGGGGUCCCCAGCUUUGGGAAGCCACAAGUCAAACCUGAUUUAAAAUAAGCUGUCCUGGGCGACUUGGCUUCGUAAAUAUACUAGGAAUUGCUCCUUUUUUCAGUCUCAUGGUAUUACGACCAGACAGCCCAAUACUUUGAGCUAAUACACUUCUCGGUUCGUAUCGUCCGGUGCAAAAUGCUUACUGCAUAAAACAGAAUGAGCAGAUCCUUGGAAGUGAAGCCUGGUUCUCGAGACUGCUUCAUUCCACUUCUUCCUUAAAAUUUCAUCCUUUGGAAACUGGUGGAAACUAACGUUGUGUGAAUGGUUGCUAUCACAACCAGCAGCCACACAACGGGGCAUACUGACACUUCAAAUUAACCGGGAAAACUUUCUAUAGAACUUUGUUUUGUGCUGAAUACUAUCGAUCACUGUAUGUUUGUGUAGCCAAUGCCGCGAACAUCGAGUGUUAUGUUGUACAGAGUGUAUGUCAUAUCCGGUAAAGGUCAAAUGUGGGUCAAAUUCAGAAGGCGGGGCUUAGGACUACAGAAUCCAUAAAAAUAGGUGAUUUAAAACUCGUUUUCAGAAAAAACGCAUUGUCUAAAAAUAAAAGGAAAGCCACA